GAUCGUGGGAGAAGACGAUGGCGGCAGACUAUAUUCUCCCCAGAGGAAUAUGAAGAGUAUAAGAGAACAGUGUUGCUCAAGAGACUACAGAACAGGCUGUGUGUGAGCUUUGGAAGGCCAGGGGGAAUAGACUGUAAACUAAUCGGCCUAGAGACACCUUGCUUCUGCACACACAGGUACACUUUAGCAACAUCAUCCAUCUCUAAUACAACACUGUGAUUAGUUCAUUAAGAAUUGUGUAGCCUCCAAAAUGUAAUAGCGCUAUGGUCUCUACAAAGAGGUCUGAAUCUUUAUGGCUGAGGAGGAAGUAUGGUUGCUCAGGAAUUGCUUGGUCAGUGGUUCAAGCAUCAUUCCAGCUAUCCCUCUUAAUCGCUGCACUUGGGUUGAACCCCUCCAGGUACAAACCGCAUCAGACAGACUUUGAGGAGGUUCCUUUUGGAGCGACCGAUAGUGCUACCAUGCCGGUUUUCGAGGGUGUCUGUGUUCCGCCUACCAGUACGCUAACCUGAAUGGGUCGCAGCCUGUACGCUGCAGCUGCAAACACUCAGCCCACGACCACAGUGAGACCACAGAACACCUGUGUGGGAAAUGUGAGUCUCUGAUGUCCCCUCGCUGAAGCACUGAGUCAUUGUUAUAAUACUCCUUCUAUUCACCCAGCCUUCCAAUUUGUUGUGUUAAAAGUAGUUGCUGAGUGUUGUAUAGGGCAAGGGUGAGGCUACAUUGCCCUACCUCAUCUCUUUGUCCUUUCCACUCUGACCUCUCCUGUCCUCAGGCACUUUCUGCUCUGGGUUCCGGAGCCCUUACACAUGUGGGUGUGGCCAUCCUAGCCCCGCCCACCAGACGCUAGUGAAGACUAGGGCAGAGCGGGAGGCCCGGGGUUGGCAGUGACGUUGCGUACACAUCCAUGGGGCUUUAACGGGGUUCAGCUCCCUGACUGACGGGUACCUGACACUGGAUGACAGCGGGGCAGGUGAGACCUCCAGGCAGCAUCACAGACUCACUGACAAGAGACAGCCACAAAAUGAAUUAGAACAUAGACAUUUAGUCUAUCUAUGAGUUUAAUCUCAGCCUUAGAUACAGUAUAUGAGAUAUCUAAUUGUUACCCUUGACUAACUACGUGUGUGUGUGUGUCCCUCUUCUUUCUGUCCUCUUGUCUCAACAUCCCUGAGCGUUCCAGGAGCAUGUGUUUGAGAAAGCCUAUGGACCUACAGGUCAGAACCCAACCUAGAUAUAGGAGACUUUGGGGGACAUCAUUGCGACUGUUUCCUUUGAAAUGUCUAGCCUCAGAAGCACAGCCUUCUCAUGUACGAGAUUUGGAAGGAUGGCCAGUCGAGACUAUGAAAUGUAUAAUCUGAGUGUAACGGAGGAUGCAAUUUAUGCUAUAGAUCAGGGUUUCCCAACCCUCUCCUCGGGCCCCCCCAGACGUUUCACAUUUUUGUUUUAACCCUAAACUGGCACACCUGAUUCAAUUAGUCAAAGGCUUUUUUUUAUGUCUGAGGGGGCCAGAGAAGAGGGUUGGGAAACCCUGCUAUAGGUCAUAUAUUUCCUAUAGAGAUCCUAAACAGAGAUUAAAUGAGUCUCAUAAUAGAUGUAUUCCGUUCAUUUAAUGGUGCAUGUUUCCCUCUGAUGUGUAGAGGAGAGCUAUGUGAUCAGGGCUCUGUCUGACAUGAGGACCAGAGAGGAGGGACACAUGGCGUACUUCGAGAGACGCUACCAGGAGGGGGAGAGGAGUACAAUUCUCAAAUGA